AUGGCAUUAAUGCAACGUUUUACAAGUACGGUGUCUGCUCAAAAUACCGCUGGUAUAAUACAUGAUGUGAUGAGUGAUGAUGGUGGAUCUAAAAUUAUUAAAGAUAUUACAGUCAUACAAAAUCGUGAUGAAAUGGAAAAACAACAUUUACACUCGUUAAAUGAUCGUCUCGAAGAUCUUAUCGGCUAUUUAGAUAGUCUUGAAUUAGCUAAUAAACAAUUGUCAGAUGAUAUUCAUUCAUUAAUUGAUAGUUGGGGUAUAACGGGAGAAAAUCGUUUUCGUCUAUUACAAGAUUUAGAUCAAACAUUAUCAAAAUUAAAAGAUAUUAAUCGAAAAAAAAUUAUUUUCAAUGUUGAAUCAAAAAUAUUUGAUGAACAAGCAGAAUUUCUAAAUCGUCUAAGUUCGAUGUAUAUUGACGUAUUAAAUUUAUAUAAAGAUAAAUGUAACAUUAUUAAAGAUUUACAAUUUGAAUUAGAAGAUGAAUUGAAAAAAAUUCAACAUCGUUUACAAUUGAGUGAUCAACAAGUAAAAAAAUUAGAUGAAGAUUAUCGAAAUGAAAUAGAAAAAUUUCGUCAGUAUAUGAUAGAAUGGUCACAAUUAGCUUUAGAUAAACAACAUCUUUUAAAUGAUAUACAAUCAUUGAAAGAACAAUAUAAUUUAAAAUUGGCCUAUAAUCAAGAAGAAAUUCAAGAAUGGCAACGAUUAUUACAACGUUUUUCACAUGAUUCUAAAAACUAUUAUAAAGACUACUUAGAAACGAUUAAACAACAAAUAUACAAUGAUUAUGAACAAAUGGCAAAAGAACAACAACAAGAAUUAGAACAAACAUUAAAAACAAGAUUAUCAGAAGUGCAGAAAAAAAUUUCUAUGGGAGUACCCAUCUCUGAUCAAAAUGAACAACAACGCCUAGAUCAGAUACAUCGUCUUGAAAGUAGAAUGGAAGAAAGACAACGGGAACACGAUCACUGGAAUAAUGAAUAUCGACGUUUAUUAGAAGAUACCCAACGUAAACGUCGUCUAUUACUAGAUUUAGAAUCAGAACAAGAUUCACAACAACGAAAAGAUUACGAUAAACAAGAAUAUUUAAAACAGUCAACAGAUAUAUUAAGACAAGAAUAUUAUCAAUUAAAAGAUGAAUUAGAUAGAUUAGGGUAUAAUCUUAGGUUUAGCGUUGAAGAAGAACUAAAAAUAUAUGAAGCCUUAUUAAAUUCAUUACAUCGAAAGAAAGGUGAAAGAAUUAAUAUUAUUCAACGGCAGGUCACUACCCCCGACAAAAUGACGAGGAUACCGAGAGAAAAUGAGGAUAGAAAUCGGUAUUCAGCAUUAGAGACACUAGUAACAACAGCAACGACUCGGACACCCAGAGAGAGUGAGGAUAGAAAUCGGCAUUCAGCAUUAGAGACACUAGUAACAACAGCAACGACUCGGACACCCAGAGAGAGUGAGGAUAGAAAUCGGCAUUCAACAUUAGAGACGCUAGUAACAACAACAACGACUCGGACACCGAGAGAGAGUGAGGAUAGAAAUUGGCAUUCAACAUUAGGGACGCUAGUAACAACAGCAACGACUAGUAGUUCAAUAGCAAAAAAGCAAGAACAUGAUCAUACUGUUCCAAUUAUCAUGAUUGAACAACCUAAUGGUGCUGUUCAUCGUUGGCAACAUGAUGGUCUAUCUCGGCACAGUUCUCCGAGUAGUGAGAGUGAGCGUCUACCGUCAUCAUCUUCAAGUUAUGUCGAACAACAUAAAUCGGAAAUGGAUACGGCAAAAUAUGGUUACGAACAAAAUCUGACCGAUAUAAAUAAAACAACAAUGAGAACAACUCGAAAACUUACUUAUCCAUCGCCUCAGCCUGUUCCACAAAAGUUACCGGAAAUUGACGAAGAACUAUUGCAGAAAAAAAUUCAUAUAACACGAAAAUAUAAAGGUAAUAUAUUGAUUAAAUUUGUUGAUGUUAGUGGUCGAUUUGUUGAAAUAGAGAAUACAGAUGAUUAUCCACGUGAUUUAACCGAUUGGUAUAUAAUACGUGAUGUGGACGGACGACGUUAUGAAUAUUAUUUUCCCAUUUAUGAACUCGAACAACAUACAUCUGUUCGUAUCUACGGAAAUUAUCAUCGACGAUCAGCAGAUGAUGAAUUUCAAUUGAUUGCCAAAUUUCAUGAUUGGGGAAAUGGGCGAAGAAUGGAAACACGAUUGUAUAAUCCAGAUAAUAAAGAAAAAGCAUUAUUUGAGCAAACAAUUCGAGAAUAA